AUGAUCUUUGAUCCUGUGUUUGCUGAGGAAAGAGUUUCUUUCAUCCCAAUUGUCGGGUUUGGGGGAAUUGGCAAAACAAGUCUAGCUCAAUUGGUUUUUAAUGAUGAGAAGUUAAAGACCCAUUUCGAGCUCAUGAAAUGGGCUUGUGUACCUGAGGUAGAUAAUCAGUUUGAAGUGAUGCGCAAAAUUUGCAACUCCUUGACAGGUUUGAACUGUGAUGGUCUCUCAUUGGAACAAGUUCAGUCAAAAAUCCGAGAAUCGAUAAGUAACAAGAGGUAUCUACUUGUGUUGGAUGACAUAUGGGAUGAGAGUCGGGAUAGAUGGCUUCAGGUUAAGAGCUUGUUGGAUUGUGGUUGUAAGGGAAGCAAGAUAAUUGUGACUACGCGUUCUAAUGUGGUAGCAAAUGUUGUUGGGACGUGUCCAGCCUACGAUUUGGGACUGCUAACAGAUGAGGAGUCUUGGGAGCUUUUCAAAAGAUUAGAAUUGAAAGAAGGGCAAGAGGAGAGUAAUCCUAAUUUUACUAGGAUUGGAAAAGAUAUUGUUGGUAGAUGUGGAAGAGUACCGCUUGCUAUUAGAGUUAUUGGAAGCCUCCUUUACUCUAAAGACACUGAGCAAGAGUGGUUGUUGUUUCGUGAUGGUCACCUUGCAAAGACAAAGGUGACCGAAGAUGACAACAUUAUGCCCAUUUUAAAGUUGAGUUAUGAUUUUCUGCCAUCACCGUUGAAGCAAUGCUUUGCUUAUUGUUCGUUGUUUCAAAAAGAUUACGAAUUUGAGAAGAAUGAGUUGGUUCAUCUUUGGAUGGCCCAAGGGUACAUUGAGGCAUCCAAAGAGAGUAUCGGCCUUGAGGAAGUUGGGGAUCUAUACUUUCUUGAGUUACUGAGGAGGAACUUUUUUCAAGAUGCCCGCGUAGAUGAUAAAACAGAUAUUGACACUGCCAGGUUGAGACAUCUGAGAUACCUUAAUCUUAGAUACAGCUCCAUUAAGUGUCUUUCCGAUGCCAUCACAAAGUUAGAGAACCUGCAAACGUUAAACCUAUAUAAAUGCAGUAAUCUUGAACAAUUGCCAAAUGGUUUUACCAAAUUGGCUAACCUUAGACACCUGGGAAUUUCGAAAUGCUUCAUUUUAAGAGAGAUGCCUUCAGGAUUUGAGAAGAUGAGAUCUCUCCGAGAAUUGAACACAUUUAUAGUAGGGAAAAAUAAUGGUGUAGACGCACUGGCUACUUUGGAGCUUAGGGGAAAUCUAGAAAUUAGAUUUCAUACAUGGCGCAGAAAUACAGUGUUAGAAGCCAGAAGGGUGAAAUUGGACAGACAAGAACAGCUAACUGGUCUCACAUUGGAUUUAGAAAUUUGUGAGUAUGAGGUGACUCCUACAUCUAAUGAUAUGGAGUUGUUGUUCGAAUGCCUGAUGUUUCCUCCAAACCUUAGAUCUUUGGAGGUUAAAGGCUUCGGGGGAGAGAGUUUAGAGUCUUUAUCUAUCAGGUCCUGCGAAGAGCACACCAAUUUGAUCAUGGUAUCUCCAAGGUCUUCCACUCGAGUUCCUAAUAUAGAUAACUGUGACAGCUUGAAAAACAUAUAUGAUGUACUGCAACAUCUCCCAGCCCUUGAGGAAUUGAGCAUCUCCAGUUGUGAAGAAUUGGAUUUGCGGGACACCAGAACUUGGCCAGACUUAAGAAGCCUCUAUUUCCUAGAAGUCUCACACAUCUCGAAACUGCAGGUGCUCCCCAGUGCCAUUGGUAGUCUACAGGCACUUAGGGAGCUCAAAAUAAUCUAUCUUGAUAAUUUGACUAGCCUGCCAGAGGAGAUUGGCCGCCUCUCCCAGCUUCAACGGCUUGUUAUUUACGGUUGUCGGAAAUUGGCCUCACUUCCACAAUCAUUGCGCAGCCUUUCUUCUCUACUACUUAAUAUUAGUAAUUGUCCACAGUUGGAGACAAGAUGUCAGCAACCAAAUGGUGAAGAUUGGCCCCUUAUUCAGCACAUCCCCAAUAUUGUAAUCUACUGA